AUGGACAAAGACGUGCCGGAUGAGAGCGCCGAUGCUGCACCUGCGGAGCAUGUGGCUGCAGAACCUGUGACACCUGAGCCGCCCAAUGCCGAGCCGGUGGAUACGGUGGAAACUGCGGAGCCCGUGGAAGCAGAGCCACCGCCAGAAGCUCCAGCACCAGAGCCACAGAUUAGAAGACGCCUGGCGAUGCAAUCUCCCGGCUUUGGUGUCAUCGCCCGAGCAGCGCGGGAAGCUGCUGCAGCCACGCCAGUCUUGGAAGAUCCAUAUUGGGUGCCUAAGGAGGAGGACCACCGAGAGCACAACGAUGCAAAGGAGCGGCUCCGGAAGGUAGCCAUCCUGGUCCUCAGCGGGGUCGAUGAAGGUAUGAAGCUAUCAGACUUCAUGGAUCGCCUUGAGCAGCUCCAUCCCGAGGCACUGUUGGGUGCCAUUUGUUGA